AUGGAAACUGAGUUUAUCAGGAUAACUGUGGUGUCAGUAGAACUUGGCCGUUCAAGGUGCAGGCAAAAGGUGAUGAAGUUAAUUGCAAGUGUUGAAGGAAUCACUUCCAUUGUCCUAGACCCAGACAAAAACACAGUGACAGUGGUUGGUGAGGCUGAUCCAUUAAGGAUAGUAAAGAAUGUUAGAAGAUUCAGAAAAUCAGCAACCAUUGUGAGUUUUGGCCCCCCAAAGGAAGAAAAGAAAGAGGAGAAAGAAAAGGAAGAGAGAAAGGAUGCUGAUACUCAUACUCCGAAUUUGAGUCAGAGAUGUGAUGUGUGGCCUCACUGGUAUGUGACUGUUGAAGAUGGGUAUAGUCACUGUUCCAUUAUGUAA